AUGGAGGGAUUGAGGCUUCUUAGGGUGGUGCCGUCGGCUGUGGCACCGCCGGCGAAGGGUUCUCAGCAUGUGGCCGGUGCGCCAGCGCAUGUUUGCAAGGGUUUGGGGCUUCGUGCCGCUGGCGCCAGUGCGGUGGAGACGGUUCAGGCGACGGAGCCGGUGGUGGGCAGGAGGGAUGAGAAUAGGGCUUUGAAUAUACUAAAGGUGAUGCCUUUGUGGCCGGAGAGGAGGGAAGAGGAGAAGGAGGAGGAGGAGGAGGAGGAGGAGGAGAUGGGGGAUUUGUGUGUUGGGUGUGUGGUUGAGGAGGAGGAUGACAGCUGUGAUGUGGAUGAAAAGAAGGAGAAGGUGAAGAGGAUGGAAUUUGGUAGAGAUUCUUUUUCCAAGCUUUUGACGAGGGUUUCUCAGAAGGAAGCUCAGAUGUUUGAGAAAAUGUCUUAUUUGGGUAGCUUGGCAUACGACAUUGCCAAAAUCAAGUCUAAAAAUCUCCUUAGCUGCCGUGGAUUGCAAUUCAUCACCUCGUCACUGGAUAAAAAGGCAAAAUCUUUGAAUGCCGAGAUGGAGAAGAAUUCUGCUCAAGAUGUAGAACCAGAUGUUGACAAUAAUAGAUUCAAGGAGGAUGAGGAACAUAAAGGAAAUGAUUAUGAAAUAAGGACGGGUGACCUUUAUCAAGUUGCAGCUUCUGCAGCAUCUUCUCUGCUUGAGCAGAUAAGGGGAUUUAUUCCUGUUGGGAUUCCAAAGAAUGGGAAUGAUUCAUCUGAAACAAGUACGAGUAUGGAAGUUGCAUCCUUUGUUGCAACAGCAAGUUCAGUCACUGCCAUGGUCUCCGGGAAGGAGGAGAUGAGACAAGCUGUUGCAGAGAACCUAAAUAAGCCACAAUCUUCACCAUGUGAAUGGUUUGUAUGUGAUGAUGAUGCAAGUGAUACAAGAUAUUUUGUGAUUCAGGGCUCGGAGUCACUAUCUUCUUGGGUAACAAAUCUGCUAUUUGAGCCAAUUCAAUUUGAGGGUUUGGAUGUGCGUGUGCACAGGGGCAUCUAUGAGGCUGCCAAGGGGAUAUACGAACAAAUGCUGCCAGAAGUCCGAGCUCACCUUAAAUCCCGCGGCAAGUCUGCUACUUUCCGCUUCACCGGUCAUUCUCUUGGCGGGAGUCUCUCUCUUCUUAUAAAUCUCAUGUUGCUAAUUCGUGGAGAAGUGUCGGCCUCUUCCCUAUUGCCUGUCAUAACAUUUGGUGCGCCAUGCAUCAUGUGCGGAGGUGACUACUUGCUUCGAAAGCUAGGAUUGCCUCAAACGCAUGUCCAAGCAAUCACCAUGCACAGAGAUAUUGUUCCUCGAGCCUUCUCUUGUCACUACCCGGAUCAUGUCGCUCAGUUUCUCAAGGCUGUUAAUGCAAACUUCCGUGAUCAUCCCUGUCUUGAUAAUCAGAAACUAUUAUAUGCUCCAAUGGGGAAACUUUUAAUCCUACAACCGGAACAUGACUUCUCACCACACCAUCACCUACUUCCAGAAGGCAGUGGCCUCUACCUUUUAGGACAUGCUUUUUCUGAUAACGAUGAUUCAGAGAGACUGUUACGCUCUGCACAACUUGCAUUCCUUAAUUCUCCUCACCCUUUGGAGAUCCUCAUCGACCUCGGUGCCUAUGGUUCUCAAGGCACAGUCUAUAGGGACCAUGAUGUGGUUUCGUACUUGGAAUGUAUGAAUAGUUUAACAAGGAAAGAACAACGACGUAAUGUAUGGUGGCCUCUGGUUGUUUUUCCGAGCAGGCAACCUAAUGUCAUGCCCGGCCAUGUUGCAGCUAAAUCGAACAAUUUAAAUCCACAGAAUCAUCUUAAUUUCUUCGGUUUGCUCUAUGGAGGGCACCUUGCAGUGAAGUGUUUCGGAGGGCUGGUCGCUUCUCAGAGUUUGCACUUGUUUACCCUGCUCUUGCUCCCGGCAAAGAGGUUGCUCGCCGUUCUUUCGGUUACCAAUCACUUGGUUUAACUGUAUGAUUUCAGUUAUCAUUCUUUAUUCAUUGAUCUGAAUUGAAAAGAUCUGUGUCUCAAAGUGUAUUUAUGGUAUAAAAUGUACAAAAACAAACACAUUGUCAACAAAGUU